AUGAAGAAAUUUUAUGGUAGUGGUGAUGGUGGUGGUGGUGAUCGUGGUGGUGGUAGUGGUGGUGGUGGUGGUGAUGAUGGUGAGCGGGGAGAGCGGGAGGGCAGGGAGCGGGGGAGUGAGAGGAGGAAAGGGGGCGAUAGGAUUGAUAGGAGUUCCAAACAUCAGUUCAUUCAUUCAUUCAUUCAUUCAUUCAUUUCGUUAUCAUCGAUUUGA